CGGGAGUCGGGACCCUCUGAGGGGCGGAGUUUAUCCAGACGAAGUAUGCUAACCCAAAUCUGCAAGUAUGGAAACUGAAAUCAAAAUUUAGCGUUUUGGAUUCUGUUGGCUACUUUUUUCUUCACUUAAAAAUAUCGUGCGUUUUUAAAAUGGAUGGAUGUACCACAACCUUCAGGAUAUAUUUUAAUCGACGUACAGUAACAGUCCAAUGCACAUCGUAAUCUCAACUCUUAAUCUUCAUGGGCUUUUCUUUUUGUAUCUCAUCUUGAAAAUUUCAAGCGGAUACUAAUAUAAAAGUUAUAAUAGGCUAUUGUUAGCACCGUUAACUGUAUUCCUCGAAAUGGUCGUUUUUGUUUUAAAUGUAUUAGGCUACUUUUAAUAGGCCUAUUCGACUUUGAAAAAAGCGGACGAGCAAACUCGGUCUAAUGAAACAUGAGUUUAUUGAUCGGAUAUUUUGGGAACUGUGAAUAUGAAUCAUAAAACUUUUUCCCUCUGCCUAUGGAUUUGGUUCUCCCAUGGUGUUAUUGGUGAUAGAGAUGAAGUGAAGUCAGUGUCAGUGACUGAAGGAGAUUCUGUCUCUCUUAACUCUGGUGUCUCUGAAGUACAGAGAGAUGAUCAGAUACUGUGGAUGUUUAACAUUAACAAUUCAUACACUCGUAUUGCUGAUAUAUACAGACAGAACAUCUAUAUAGAUGAUAAUACUCUGAUAUUUGGAGACAGACUCCAGAUGGACAGUCAGACUGCAUCUCUGACCAUCAGAAACAUCAGAACUGAACACUCUGGAGUUUAUAAACUACAGAUCAUCAAAGCUGGAGUCACAUACAAGAGUUUUUCUGUUGCUGUCUAUGCUCCUCUUCCCUCUCCUGUCAUCACCAGAGACACUUCACAAUGUUCUUCAUCAUCAUCAUCAGUGUCCAGAUGUUCACUGCUGUGUUCAGUUGUGAAUGUGAGUGCUGUGACUCUCUCCUGGUACAAAGGAAACAGUUUAUUGUCCAGCAUCAGUGUGUCUGAUCUCAGCAUCAGUCUCUCUCUACCUCUGGAGGUGGAAUAUCAGGAGAAAAACAUCUACAGCUGUGUGAUCAACAAUCCCAUCACAAACCAGACCAUACAUCUCAACAUCACUCAACUCUGUCCAGAACUCACUCCGCACUCACAGACGGUGGUAAUAUCACUUUUAGUGAUAGCUCUGAUCGUGGUUGUAGCUGUGGGGGUGAUAUACUUGUACAACAAGAAAUGCAAACAAGCAUGUCCAGAAGGCAAGUAUUACUCUUUUCAUCACAUAUUAUGAGGAUUCUGAGACGAAAUCAAGAUUUUAAAAGAUGUGCCACAAUAUCUGUUUUUAAACACUAUUUAAGACUUAAUUGAAAAAUGUAACAUUAUCAUUAAAACAGUCCAGACUUGUGAGGAAGAGCUACUUUAUGCUGAAACAAGAUUCUGUGCACGUAGUGCUCACAGUACGGUAAGACACAGUAUUGCAGUGUGCAGUGAAUCUGUCUGCAGAAACCACAAGCGCUGAGAGAAACACAUGCGCUUACACACGUGAAGAUGAAGCAGAAAAUGUGCCAUUCUGUGCUGAUGUCAGUGUUGUACUUAUUUGUCUGAGCAAUAUGUUGCCUUUCAAGCAAUUUAAAACACUUAUUUUUAGCUCAAUUCCUGCUCAUGCUUGUUUUUUUUCUGCUUAGGCCAAAGUUUUACAUGAUAGGCACUAUGCAAUAUCGAGUUGAGAAAGCACAUUAUACCAGAAAGUGUUCUCAUUUCACAGAGCUAGUGCAAUUUAGAAAGGAUUGAGGUUGACAUUUUUCUGAAUACUAUGAUUAUUUCUCUGUAAAGCCACAGGCAUCUGUAACACGCACAAACAGUGAUGCACAGUCAUCAAAUCACAAAAGCAUUCAUUAUAAACUCUGAUUAUUCAA